AACCAUCAACGCAAGUCCUAGAGAAAGGACGUCUAAAACAAUAGACUGGCAAACUGUUUUAUUUUUAUACAUUUAAAGUAGGACAAGUAAAACUUGCUUAAAUAUUAAAACAAAAAAACUCAAAUAAAUUAUUUAUAAUAGAGAAUAGAGCAUAAUAAAAUGGUCAAGGAAAACAAAUGACAAAUGUUAAACGAAAUAUUAAAUUAGUAUGGAUUUAAGUUUAAAAGGUUCACAGAUAAAUUUGGUUACACGACAAAAACCUAAACCCAAGUACUCAUCGCAAAUAAAUCUUUUAAAACCCGCUACACGCUGUCAUUCUCGUCCCAGAUCGGCGAGUUUUUUUGAAAGACGUUCUUACACUUCAUUGUAUUUAAGACCACAAUCGGCAGAUCCUAAAUUUGGUAGAAAUUUUGCCAGUCCUUGCGGUUCUUAUACAACCCAAGAUUCAGAUUUUACCAAUUUGAAUUUAAGUAAAAGGCAACAGAAAAAGUUUCAAUCGGUUUCCUCUUCAAAUCUAUUGAAAUUAUUAUUAGAUGAACCCAUAAAAAGAUCAUGGUUGUGUAAGGAUUCCGCAAAUAAUAGUGAGGGAGAUGCCUCGGAUUUGAGUUCUUCACGCAAAAGUGGUAGCUACAGUUCAUUAAAUAAACCACAAUAUAACGAAAGAUAUAUGAGUACGGUAAGAAAUCCCACAAGAAAAAUAUCAUCCACCUCCUCAUACUCUAUGCUACAUGUUAAUAAGGAUAAACAAAAUAAAGAAGAUUACUAUAGUUAUCAUAAAACAGCAGCCAAACCAGAUCUUCCGGGUAGAGUAUCGUUUUCAAAGCCCUCCUCUACACUACAGUUACCAAGUGAUGAUAAUGAUUCUAGUGAUUAUGAAAAUCUAAAUACUUAUGUGUUACCACAAUCGUCAACAAAACAACAGGAAGAUAUAUCAGCUCCAGGACCUAUAGAUUAUUCUUUUAAAUCAAAAACCUUAGAAUCCACAGCACCCACUCAACAACUGCACAAGGAAUUGUCUUCAUUAAGUUUAAAGAAAUCCGUACAUUUUGGUUCUUCCGGCAAUGGUGAAGAAGUUUUAGCAGAAACUUUUGAAUAUCCCAAGUGUCCUUCGGAAAAUUGUUCUUGCAGUACCAGAUCUUCUUCUUCGGGUUCUUUACAAGAGUCUCCCAGUCCUAAAUGUUAUUGUGCCUCACCCACUUGCAAGUACUCAAUGGAACCUUUUAAUAAACUAAACGAACAAGACCAACAAAUGGCCACAACAAAGGAAACCAUAAGUUCAAACACCACAAGCCCAAAAAACAGUAAAAUUUCUCUGGACCUAGUAGAAGCCGAGGAAUCGCAAGUUAUUAGAGACUAUAAAAAUGCCGUGGGAGAACAAUUGGAUAAUUCGGUGGUAAAAAAUCUAUUGGAAGAAACUAAACCAAAAGCUGCCUCCAAUACAAAUUUAAACAAUUUUGAAUUACCUUCCUAUCUAAACAAAUAUUCAAAUCCUACACCAACAGUUGAGGCUUUGGAAAAACCCAAUAAUUUAACAGAACCCAAAACACUCAAUUCAAACUAUAAAACUGAAAUAGCUAAAAAAGAUUUUCUUAAAAUGGACAAUAAAUUAGAAAGUCCCACAAAGAAAAGCUCCAGUGAAACGGUCAUUAAUAAUUAUUUGAAAGUAGCCGGCUCCUCAGCGGCCAUUAUUAAGAAAAAGGAAAAUAUUAAUAACACUAAAACGGAAACUAAGAAAACUCUAGCUACAGCAAAUAAUUCACUGUCAAAGUCAAAACCCAAAACUACUUCCAUAGCUCCCCUAACACAAAAUAAUAUUAAAAAAGCCAAAAGUUUUGGAAAUAUAAGAGAGGAUUCCAAUUUGCAUGAAUUCAAUAUCGAUAAAAUCGAUACUUGGAUGUCUAUGCAUGAGCAAACUUCACAAGCUAUAAGCACAAGUACAGGUUUAAAUCAACACACUUCCCUGGAUGAAUCUUUUGAGAAAUUUACCCAAGAAACUCUUGAAGCCAUGUCGGCUUUAGAUCCUGAGGAAGUUGAAGAAGAGGAGGAGGAUGAAGAAGAUGGAAAAAAUUCGGAAUCUCAAGAUGAUUCUACUUAUGAUGAAAUAGUAUCAGUUAUUAAGGAAAUAGAAGAGGAUAAAAAGAAGGAUAACUUAGCGGAACGUGUUAAUUCCGAAAUGAAUUUAAAAUUAAGCACCACUCCAAGUAUAGGAACACCUCAUAGUCCUCCAGAAACUGCUAAAGGUAAAGAAUCUCCUGAUAAAUAUAAAGAUAUUUUAAGUUAUCUGGAUAAUGUGGAGGAUAGUUGUGAGAAAACUUUAAUGGAAACCCGACGUUCUAUGCCAGAUACAAAUCGUAGUGAAGUGGAAUUUGUCGUAGAGCCCGAUAUUGCAGAGGAUGUACCCAAACUUUCCGAUUUAUUAAUGCUGCCUAAUCACCAAUUAGCUCGACGUGUUAUAGCUCUCAGUUUGAGAGCCAAUGAACUGGCCAACGCGGUGCAAUUGUCCAAGGAACAUGUCAUAAAAGUACGCACCGAGAAACAAAAGAGCAUUCGCUCCGAAAAAUCAAAUGCCGCCAAUCGUAUGAAAGAACAAAAGAAACACUAUGAGGCCAUAGUCAAAAGACAUCAAGGUUUCAUAGAGCAACUGUUAAAAGAUAAAGGUUCUUUGUGUGAAAAAGUGGCAGCUCUCACCAGACGUUUAGAAAGUCAAAAUCAAGCCUGGGAACACAAACUAGAGACAGAGAUAACACGUGUGAAAGAGAACACAAUGGCUGGAGAAAAAAUUCGCCGGGAAAGAUGGGUCAGAGAGAAUACGAAGAAAAUUAAGGAACUAACGGUUAAAGGUUUAGAGGCGGAAAUUAAUAAAAUGAAUUGCAAUCAUCAAAAAGAAAUAACAGAAUUAAAAAGAGCUCACCAGCAGCAAUUGUUGGAUGCUUUGGAAGAGGAACGUUUGAAACAUGAGCAAAUAGAGAAAACUAUAAGAGAGUCUUGUGCCCAGGAUAGAGAGUCUAUUAUAAGUAAGGAAAGAAAUGCUAUAAGAGAAAGAUUCGAACGCCAACUGGAAGAAGAACGUAAUUCCUUUGACGAACAAAAGCAAAAGUUAAUGGAGGAGCAUCAGUUAGAAAAACAACGUUUACAAAAUGAAUUGAAACAAAAAGAAGUGGAGUUGCAAACAAAACGAUCUGAAUGGCAGCAAGAAAAAGAUGCCGAAAUGGAACAAGCCAUUUCAGAACUACAGGAUAAAAUGUCCAAACAAGAAGAAAAAUUCCUUAAUCGUCUCAAUACCAUGGAAAAACAAUAUGAGGCAGAUUUUGAAAUUUGGAAAACUGAAUAUGAAAAUAAAUGCAAAGUGCAACAAGUGGAGAAAGAAAAUAACAUACGUCAGCAUUAUCGCAACGAGAGAGAUCGACAAAUUGAUGCUAUAGUGCAAAGAAUGGAUGCAGAGGCUUUGAAAAAUAAUGAAGAAUUUGAAAAUAAAAUAAGCCGUUUGCGAGAGAAAUACGAAAAAGAUUUGCAAGAAUUAGAAAGUGUAGAGAAGUCUGUAAGAGAAAAAUAUGCUGAGACAAGAAGCAAAUUAGCCGAAUCUGAUGCUCAAGCUAGAAACUUCCAAGCUGAAAUUAAACAAUUACAAUUAGAAUUGGAACAUAGUAAAAAGAUGUGCUCUGAAUAUCUUACGGAACGUGAUCAAUUAAGAGAAAAUCUACGCUCUGAAAUACAAAAUGAAGUGCAGUCCUUGAAACUGGAACGUGAUCAAGAAAUACAAAAGAUUCAUAAAAGAGUCCAACAAGCUAUUGAGAAAAAGGAUGCUACCAUUGAUAUUUUACAAAAAGAGAAUGGCGCUUUAAGAGAAAGAUGCUUAAAAUUGGAGGCUGUUAUAAGACAGCAGCGCAAGGACUAUUGUGUCAAGUAAAUAAAACGGAAAUUUAAAAUUUUUUUCAAAUAAAACGUUUAUUUCUAUGAAGAAAAAUAAAAUAUUUAACUAAAAUUAUUAAAGUUCUCAAUAACAAAUUUAAUAAUUUUGGAAAUUUUUAAACGGAAACGAAAAAAAUAUUUAAAAUUUUUAAAUAAUAAACAGACUGUUAAUAUAUUCAAAAU